CACAAGCCUCUGUCUCUAUGCUCUCAAUCACUUUCCGGUUUUCUACGUCACUUCCGUUUAGGUUUGUGUUGGUGGAGCGGUGCUGUUUUCUCAUCCGAGCUUCUCGUGCCCAUCGGACGGGAUGUCUACGCGGGAAUGGAGCGUUGCGGCGGAUGUGCAGAAGCACUCCGUCCACACACUGGUAUUUAGAUCUCUGAAGAGGACUCACGACAUGUUUGUGGCGGACAACUCCAAGCCAAUCCCUAUAGACGAAACAAGCCACAAGCUGAAGAUGGCUGUGAAGCUACGUACAGAAUAUGGACCUGUGUUACACAUGCCUACUAUUACAGAAAAUCGUGAAAAGGGAAUUGGUGCCAUGGGGGAUCCAUAUGAACGCUAUCCUAGUAUUCAAGGUCCUGAAUCAGAAUACAUGAUAACUGGAACACACCCAUAUCCUUCUGGGCCAGGUCUAGCCUUAACAGCUGAUACUCAGAUCCAAAGGAUGCCAAGUGAAUCAGCAGCACAAUCUUUGGCACUGGCCCUUCCACCUUCACAGGCAAGACUGGACGCUCAUCGCACUGCUCCUGGUAUUGGAGAUAUUUACAGACAUGCUGGACAUCCUGAGCGUUCACAGCCCCCUGGCUUGUCAAUGACUUUGGAAUCUGGUGGAAUGAAAAACUCUGCAUUAAUGGCGAAGAAAGCCCCAACUAUGCCCAAGCCACAGUGGCAUCCACCUUGGAAACUGUACAGGGUCAUCAGUGGUCACCUGGGGUGGGUGCGUUGCCUUGCAGUUGAACCUGGUAACCAGUGGUUUGUCACAGGCUCUGCAGAUAGAACGAUUAAGAUCUGGGAUCUGGCAAGUGGUAAAUUAAAGCUGUCCUUAACAGGACACAUAAGCACUGUCCGGGGAGUCAUUGUGAGUGGCAGGAGUCCAUAUUUGUUUUCUUGUGGCGAGGACAAGCAGGUGAAGUGCUGGGAUCUGGAGUAUAAUAAGGUCAUAAGGCAUUACCACGGUCAUUUAAGUGCAGUCUAUGGUUUAGACUUGCAUCCCACAAUAGAUGUACUUGUGACUUGCAGCAGAGAUUCCACAGCACGAAUUUGGGAUAUAAGGACGAAAGCUGGAGUACAUACACUUGUCGGACAUACAAACGCUGUGGCAACGGUACGAUGUCAGGCUGCAGAACCUCAGAUUAUAACAGGGAGCCACGACACCACAAUUAGACUGUGGGACAUGGUGGGUGGAAAGACUCGCGUCACAUUGACAAAUCACAAGAAAUCGGUCAGAGCUGUUGUAUUGCAUCCACGACAGUACACAUUUGCAUCUGGGUCACCAGAUAAUAUUAAACAGUGGAAAUUCCCUGAUGGAAACUUCAUCCAGAACCUCUCUGGUCACAAUGCUAUCAUCAACACGUUAGCUGUCAACUCUGAUGGAGUGCUGGUUUCAGGAGCUGAUAAUGGAACAAUGCACCUAUGGGACUGGCGGACAGGUUAUAAUUUCCAGAGAAUUCAUGCUGCCGUUCAGCCAGGCUCUUUAGACAGUGAAUCUGGUAUAUUUGCAUGCACCUUUGACCAGUCAGAGAGCAGAUUAAUCACUGCUGAAGCCGAUAAAACUGUCAAAGUAUACAGAGAGGAUGACACUGCGUCUGAAGAAACCCAUCCAAUUAACUGGAAACCCGAAAUUAUCAAGAGGAAAAGAUUUUAAUAAGCUGCAUCUUUUUUUUUUUCUUUUUUUUUUUUUUUAUACCGUCUGUUUAUCACAGUUUGACAUAGCAUGGAUUCUGUUUCAGACGUUAAGCCUAACAUUGGCUGCGGCCUUUGUCUUUCAUCAUUGUAUUCAAAUACAUCCUGUUAUGGCUAUUUCUUCUACGAUCCCUGGAAGCUGUCACACUGUACAAAAAAGGAAACCUAUUAAAGGCCGCUUCUUCCCAAUGCGGGAAACAAAA